AAGGGGAAGAACAGGGGCCACUGCGCCUUUAAGGUUGCCAAGGCGACGGCUCUGGCCAGAACGAGGCGCAUUGACGACAGCAGCCAAGCGCUGAUUGGCUGAGGCCCGGUCGUUUCCGGUGGCGCUGCAGCCGAGUCGCUGUCUCUGCGCUGAGCCAGGCUGGGAGGGAAGCGGUGAGGAAGCUCGGCGCGCCUCAGCCUCGCAUCGUUAGCUCCGUACCCGCUGCAUCCGGUCCCCAGAGAAAACCAUGGCGUCUGGCAGUACUUCCGCCAGUGAGGAGGAGCGCAGCCUCCGGGAAUGUGAGCUCUAUGUCCAGAAGCACAACAUUCAGGCCCUGCUGAAGGAUUCUAUUGUGCAGCUGUGCACUGCUCGGCCUGAGAGGCCCAUGGCGUUCCUCAGGGAAUACUUCGAGAGGUUGGAGAAGGAGGAGGCUAAACAGAUCCAGAAUCUGCAGAAAGCAAGCACCCGUGCAGACUCGCGGGAGGAUGAAAUUUCUCCUCCUCCACCCAAUCCGGUGGUGAAGGGCCGGAGGCGAAGAGGUGCUAUCAGUGCUGAAGUCUACACGGAGGAAGAUGCGGCGUCAUAUGUUAGAAAGGUUAUACCAAAAGAUUACAAGACAAUGGCUGCUUUAGCCAAAGCCAUUGAAAAGAAUGUGCUGUUUUCACAUCUUGAUGAUAAUGAGAGAAGUGAUAUUUUUGAUGCCAUGUUUCCAGUCUCUUUUAUUGCUGGAGAGACUGUUAUUCAGCAAGGUGAUGAAGGGGAUAACUUCUAUGUAAUUGAUCAAGGAGAGAUGGAUGUUUAUGUUAACAAUGAAUGGGCAACCAGUGUUGGGGAAGGAGGGAGCUUCGGAGAACUUGCUUUGAUUUAUGGAACACCUAGAGCAGCCACUGUCAAAGCAAAGACAAAUGUGAAAUUGUGGGGCAUUGACAGGGACAGCUAUAGAAGAAUCCUUAUGGGAAGCACGCUGAGAAAGCGGAAGAUGUAUGAGGAGUUCCUUAGUAAAGUGUCCAUUUUAGAAUCUCUGGACAAGUGGGAACGUCUCACAGUUGCUGAUGCAUUGGAACCGGUUCAGUUUGAAGAUGGGCAAAAGAUUGUGGUGCAGGGAGAACCAGGGGAUGAGUUUUUCAUUAUUUUAGAGGGUUCGGCUGCUGUGCUGCAACGUCGGUCAGAAAAUGAAGAGUUUGUUGAAGUGGGAAGAUUGGGGCCUUCUGAUUAUUUUGGCGAAAUCGCACUGCUGAUGAAUCGUCCUCGUGCUGCCACGGUGGUGGCUCGUGGCCCGUUGAAGUGCGUUAAGCUGGACCGACCUAGAUUUGAACGUGUUCUCGGUCCAUGCUCGGAUAUCCUCAAACGAAACAUCCAGCAGUACAACAGUUUCGUGUCGCUGUCUGUCUGAAAUAUGCUUCCUUUGCCUCCCUUUUCUCCUCUCCACAAUCUGUGCUUCAUUCAUGCAGGCGGCUUUAUUUUCCCUCUUUGCAGCGCCAAAUGGCCACUGGCAUCGCAGCUUCUUGUCUGUUUAUAUUAAAAGUUGCUUUUAUUGCACUGUUUUUAAUUUGGAGCAUUAACUGAAUGCUCAUACACAGUUAAAUAAAUAGAAAGAGUUCUGUGGAGACUUUGCUUGUUACUGCUUCUCUUUGUGCAGUGUUAGUAUUCAAUGUGGCAGUGAGUGCCAUGCUUUUUGGUGAGGGCAAAUGCCAGCACCAAAUGAAUUACCAUAGAGUAAUGAUGUAACAGUGCAAGAUUUUUUUUUUUUAAGUGACACAAUUUUCCGGUUAUCAUAAGCAUAUGUAAGACUGUGGCCGUAUAUGCUGUAUUUCUUUAUAGAAUAAAUGAUUUCUCAUUAAGCUCUAAGGUUUCAGAAAACUGGAUAUAGAAAAAUCUUAGUAUGGUAGAAAGACAUCCAUCUGUAUUUAAACUAGUUUAAGGGUGGAAGGAUGCCCAUUUUUGCUAAUUAUCAGAUGGUUAUGAUCUGUUCAGUUUUUCCUGUUUUUAACCAGAAUUUUUGUUUGUCAAGCUAAUUUGCCUGGCUUUCUUGUUAUUCGUGUUUUCUGUCCAAUUCUUAAAUAUUUCUAGAUGUGGCUAUCUAUACCUGCCUUUUAAGUUUCAAACCAAAUCAUAGAUUGCAGAUAUUAGGUUAUGAUUUAAUUACAUCUGCCUCAGCUCACAAAUUCUGAUUAGACCUUUAUUUAUCCUGCUAGUGCCAAAUAUUGAUCAUCAGAUGCUGAAUUGAGAAUUAGAUUUUGAGCCCUACACUCUUGGUUGUUAGUUGAGAGCUUUUAGUUAAUGUACAUCCCUCAGUUGACUCCAGUGUAAUCUCCGAUGCUCGUUAAACACUGUGAUUCCAAGAGAUUGAGUUUUCUGGGAGUAGAUACAAAUGAAACAGAUGUCAUGACAGAAAAAUGGAAGUGAUGUGCUAAAGAGAGAAAUGUCAGGUGGGCAGAGUUCAGAGGGGGACAAAGUUCAUUGGGGUGUGAGGCUUGGGAAGUAUUAUUUUACUGUAGUUUAACCAUUUUUUCCCCUCCUUUUUACAUCAGCUAGAAUAUAUGGUGAUUGGGGAUGGGAUGGGCUGUAUCUGUUGUUUCCAAUUGUUCUAAAAGGCCAUCCUGCUGAAGGUCUUGCUUUCCUGUCCAGCAGUUGUUUCUCUGGCAAACAUUUUUUUUCUUCAAGUAAAACUUGUGGUUUGAGUCUUAACUGUAUUUCAGUAUUUUCCAGCCUUGUGUGUUACAUUAUUCCACGUGCACCAAUGAUACCCAACAGUUUAUUUUUAUUAUUGUUAUUUUUUAAAACAAAUUUUCACAGUUCCAUAAUGUAGGCACUUUUAUUUUCCUUGUGAUUUAUAUAUAAUGUAGGGUUAUGUUUGGGAGUGACUGUAAGCAUUUUUCCAUCUGUGUGCAACUGGCUUUGAUUAUUAAUCCUCUUUCCUACUCUUUCCCACGUAAUUUAAAUUGGUCAUAGUAGAUGUUCAUAGAUUUGAACACUUUUUAGACUGUAACUAAGUAUGGAGUGUAAGUGGGAAAGAGAUUUUAUUUACAUUUUAGUGUGGGGUAGAAAGUUACCUUGUUGCAAAUAUUUUUAUUUUACAAAAGUCUAUAUUGAAGGGUGGUUUUCUGAUCUGUACUUGUCUUUUUGUUUAGCUACCUUUUUAUAUUUAAAAAGUUAAAAACAAAACUUAUGUUCUUAUUAGCUUAAAGCUUGAUUUGAUCUUUGUUUAAAUGCCAAAAAUGUACUUAAAUGAGUUAUUUAGAAUGCCAUAAAAUUGCAGUUUCAUAUAUGUAUAUAAUCAUGUUAAUGUAUGUUCAGAUACAUAUGAUGCUUUCUAAAGUUUAACUCUAAAAUCAUUUGGCUUGCUGUUUACUCCCUUUUGUAGUUUUUGACCUAAGAAAUUUUAAGCUAAGUCUAAAUUUAAAAAUUACCACAUUUAAAGCUUUAUCUUUGUGCAGUCCAAGUACAUGCAAGAAAUCACAAUUGGCAUAGUUUGUCUUAGCUGAUAUUCAGGACUUUAGAAGUCAUUUCUGGCCUUGGUAAGUGAAUUUAUGAGUUUUGCUGCCCUAGAAAGUAUAGUUGGCCAAAGGACCAUUCUGUAUUGUUUCCUGGUUACCAGUCUGAGUAUAUUGUAUGCGCUAAUAUAUGCUACUUUUUUGUUAUAGAUUGUCUUAAUGGUAGGUCAAGUAAUAAAAAAAGAUUAAAUAAUUUAAAUUCUUAAA